GGGUUUCUUCACCUGUCGGUUCAUUUUUCGGUAACCAAGACGUCAUGAAAACAACCUCAAUGGCGGAUCAGUAAUCUGAGUGCAGGUAGUAAUUGUAUGUCUGUCUAAGUAACAUCAUGGCAGAUCAAGAACAAAAAACAGAAACAGCUGAGGAAAAAACAGAAGAACAAACUCCUGCUCCAGUGGCAGAAACCACAGAGGAAACAAAUCAGGGAGCUCCUGAAAAUGCCCCACCACAAGUAACAGAGCCACCACCAGCUGCGGAGCCAGCAGCCCCCGAGACUGUUGAACCGGUGGUGGAGACCACCCAAGAAACAAUAGCUGCACCACCUGCAGAGGAGGCAAAGGAAGAAACUACAGAGAAGAAGGCAGAAGAGGAGGAAGCAAAAGAAGAACCUAAAGAGGAAGAAAAAGAAGUCAAAGAGGAAGCUAAGGAAGAGGUGAAAGAGGAAGCUAAGGAAGAGAAAGAGGAAGCUAAGGAAGAAGCUAAGGAGGAACCCAAAGAGGAAGUCACCCAAGAAAGCACUGAGGCAUCUAAGGAUGCUGCACCAGAGGGAGAAAAGAAAUCUGAGGAGAAGCCGUCUGAAGAAUCUACGGGGGCUGAAAAGUCGGAAGAACCUCCCAGAGAAGACACAAUACAGCAAGCUCCUGCCCCAACUCCUCAGCCCACUCAGACAACAGGGAUGGGCACAAUGGAAACCGGGGAGGGACAUGAGACUGACCCUCAUGCCACAACACCCAGGACCACAGCCAAUCUAGAGGCCACUGCAACAGUGAAGAUAGUACUGAUGCCCAGUGGACAGGUGGUGACCCUGGCUUGUACUCUGGGUCAAACCCUACAUCAACUGAAGGACCACUUCUCCCAGGAGCUUAAGAUGCCUGUACAGCUCAUACUCCUGAUGUUUGAUGGAAAAGCUGUCGAGGAUACCACUACUCUAGCAGAUCUGGGGGUGGGGCCUAAUGGAACAGUCCAAUUAGAGAUGCAGUCAGCUGAUCCAGUAAACACCCCCAUCAAGACUUACCGUCCACGACAAGAGUACCACAUGCCUGAUGUCAUAACAGUCCGGGUACAAACAGAUGAGAAUGCAUACAAAGAUGUGGUGGUGGAGAUUGAAAGAGCCACUAGAAAGAAGCCAUAUCUGGGUGGAUACCGCCACAAGAAAACGGGGGUCCUAUACCAUCAUGCCACUGCCCAGACCAUCAAGAAACAACCUCCACCUUCUCAAGUCCCCAGAAACUGUCGAGACACCCAAACAGUGCAACAGAGGCAUCAUGUUCAGCAGACGACAAACGACACGUCUACUCAGAUGACAGGGAUUGGAGUGUAUGUAUCCAAUAUGGAGGAUAAACUUAUGGUGCCUGGGAAAUACACUACUGCAGAUGAGCAUCAUAGCAUGAUUUUCAAAAAAGUCAUUAUAAUUCAAAAGUACCACAGAAGGUGGUUAGCAAAAAGAUAUGUGGAAAAAUUAAAACAAGACAAAAUCCAACGUCUGGAAUGGGAGAGGCUAGAGGAACUCAAGAAAAAGAAAGAAAAAGAGGAGAGAAUCAAAAAAGAAUUCGAGAGGAGGAUGAACCCCAAAACAAAAGAGGACUUUGAUUUACUCUAUCAUGCUCUGGAAAAAUGGAGACAAGAGGAGUUAGAGAGGAUCAAUGGAACUUCUGAGGGUGCUGAGCGUAAAGCAGCUCUGUGUAUGUUACUGGAUCAGGAGACCCAGCUUAUCUCAGCUAUUGGUCGCCACAAACUGGAGGCUGACAGUGAAAACAAAGAGAAACGUAUCCAGGCAUUCCUAAGCAAGGCUGCAGCCCCUAAGAAGUGGAAGGGACACGAUGGUAAGACUACUGAGAUGGACACCCCCUACACAAUCCGAGCCAAAGAGCUGAGGGACAUCUACAACAGUAUCAACAUGAAGUACCUGACUCAGGAUGAAAGACUGGAUGUGCUACUGACUCUCAAACACACUGUCAAGGAGCAUGACUGCAAACUGACUCAGGAAAUCAUUGAGCUGAUUGACAGAGAGGCUGACCUACUUAUGAGAGGCGUUCGAGAGGGAAAUCUUGAAGGCCUCAGAAAAAGAAUUUCUACUUUGUUCUUACAGUACAUCAAGACACCUACAUUCAACCCAGAAGCUGCCAAAUUGCUCAAGGUGCCUCAAGAUCCCUCUGUCCUCCGCAAGAACAUCUACUUCUGUCCCAGCUGCAAUCAGUAUCUGCCUUCGACUGAGUUUGCCCUCGCCUCCAACUCUCGCACUGUUGGCAAGUGCCAGAGAUGUACAAAGAUUGACAAUGAUGCACGAACCAGACAGGAUUACAGCACUUACACAUACAUGCUCAAAAUGCUGCGGCGAGCGGAGGAAAGAUACAGCGAUGGCUCCAGAAUUGCCUUCCUCCUACAGGAACAGGAUCUGCGUUACCUUGUGGAGAAGAUUUGGAGUUGCCAGAGCAUACUGAGUGCAUGGGACGACAUCUUUGACCUGGUUCUGUCCCGCUGGGACAAACAUCAGGAGUGGUCUCCCUGGAACUGCAUCCUCUUGACGAAGGAUGAGGCCGCUGCCCAUGAAAGACUCCAUGAUUUGGAGGAGGGAUACGGUUUAGUUUUCAUUCAGAAGGUUCAACAGAAACAUGUGCUAGCUAGGAACUAUUUCUCUAGGCUGCCAGGAAUGGCAGAACACUUAAGAGCCAAAGCCAAUGACCGGCUUACCCAACCAAAUGGUCCUGCCAUUAGCGGUCAACAAGUCCCUGUGCAGUCCAGGGCUUAAGAACACAAAUACAUUGUAGAUAUAUGAUGAAAUUUUAACAAGUUUUAAGAACUAUUUAACUAGGAAAUGAAAUUUUACAAUUCAAAAUCUUUAUAUUUCAUGAAGAAAUCUGUGAUAUUUUUGUUAUUUCCAAAUGUUUUUUUUUUCUUUCAAAUAUCAUGUGAAGAUUUUAAUUCAAUUGUGAAAAAUUCACUGUUAUGUAUUGUAUGUCUAUAAAUGACCUACAUGUAUUUAUGUGAAUAUAAAUUGUAUACAAAUUA